AUGGCAGACUCCGAGCACGAAGCUACGGAGCAGGCCUCGCAGGCAGACACCAAUCCCACGGACGCUCAACCUGAGAUUGUGUCUCCGCAGCCGCUGAGGGCCGACAAGCCUGAGUUGUCGAUCAAGGCAGGAUGGAACAAUAUUAGCGAUGCGGAAUCCAUGAAGUCGCAAGACGGUCUGGCCGUCAAUGCCAACGGACCAGCAGCGGAGCCUGCUGGUCCUGUCGAAGAAGCCGACAAUCCCGCCACGGAAGACACAGGCACGACUCCCAGACCUCAGGAAGGAACAGAUGCGGAUGGGGACAAAGAGACCCAAUCUACCUCUGAACCUCAUAGAGACACCGAACCAGCUACGGCCGAAGCUGUCCUCGAUUCACGACACCGCUCGGACUCGCGAUCUACGACUGCUACUCAGACGACGCAUCGAUCAAUGCCAGUAAGCUCGACGGUGUUUGUUGUCACAGCCUUGGAAACUAUCGCUGCCUCCAAAGAGGCCAAGAGAAGCCGAGAGCUGGAGAAUGCUGUCCAGAAAGCUUUAGCCAACAUCAAACAGGCGGAUCACAGACCUCCAGAUCCCGAGACUAUAUUUCUACCUCUACAACUAGCCACCAAAACCUUCAGCAUCCCUCUUCAGGUAACGGCUUUGGACUGCAUUGGAAAAUUGAUUUCAUACUCUUAUUUUGCUUUCCCCUCCAGCCAUCCCAACCAAGACGAUGCGAACGCUACCGAUACAGGAAUCCCCUUGAUCGAACGAGCCAUUGAGACGAUAUGCGAUUGUUUUGAAAAUGAAGCCACACCCGUCGAGAUUCAGCAGCAGAUCAUCAAAUCGCUCCUGGCGGCCGUGCUAAAUGACAAAAUCAUCGUUCACGGUGCAGGCUUGCUGAAGGCUGUGCGACAAAUAUACAACAUCUUCAUUUAUUCCAAGUCGAGUCAAAACCAACAAAUUGCACAGGGUUCUUUGACACAGAUGCUCGGAACGGUAUUUGACAGAGUUCGCAUAAGAUUAGAUUUGAAGGAGGCUCGCACCCGAGAACCGAGCGAGCAUCGAGAGUCCCCCCAGGACGGAGAGCUUGAUGCUGUGGAUGGUAGUCAACUGUCGGAAUCGGUCGACGGUGCCUCGAAUAUUUCCGACCAACCUGUAAAGAAGGAGCCUACGGAAAAGCUCACGCUACAGAGCUUCGAAUCCAGCAAGGAUGAUACAAUGGUCAACGACAAUGCCCCGACUAUGGUGACACGCGCAAAACCAAGCCACCGACCCUCGCGCUCUGUCUCUGGAAAUACAGAUGACCGAGAUGAUGAUGGGUCAGAAGACGAAGUAGAUGAGAUUUAUAUCAAAGACGCGUUCUUGGUCUUCAGGGCCAUGUGUAAACUAAGCCACAAAGCUCUUACGCAUGACCAACAGCAAGACAUAAAGUCGCAGAAUAUGCGAUCCAAGUUGCUGUCACUUCACUUGAUUCAUUACUUGAUCAACAAUCACACUACCGCCUUGACCUCGCCAUUGGCAACUAUCCGAAACGCUUCCGACUCCACAACUCUUCUAUACGCUAUCAGACCACAUCUUUGUUUGAGCCUUAGUCGCAAUGGCUCCAGCUCUGUUCCCAGAGUCUUUGAGGUUUGCUGCGAGAUAUUUUGGCUUAUGCUCAAAUACAUGAGAGUAAUGCUCAAGAAAGAAUUGGAGGUGUUUUUGAAAGAGAUAUACCUUGCCAUUCUUGAGCGACGAAACUCUCCCGCAUUCCAGAAACAGUAUUUCAUGGAAGUUCUCGAAAGACUUUCAGCGGAUCCGCGAGCUCUAGUAGAAUUAUAUCUUAAUUAUGACUGUGACAGAGCUGCGUUGGAGAACAUCUUCCAAGGGCUAAUUGAACAACUUUCUCGUUUUCUGAUCAUGCCGGCGCCAACCAUUUCUCAGCAACAACAGAGUCAAGAUGCUCGUACUAAAUCGUCAACCAAUGCUGAUUGGUACCAGCGCGGCACUCUUCCUCCUAACCUGACUACUGCAAGUCUCGGAAACAAUCAAGCACCAGGACUGCAAAGUACAACACCGGAACUGGCAAUUAAACAACAAGCCUUAGAGUGCUUGGUUGAGAUUCUCCGAUCCCUAGACAAUUGGUCAUCUCAACGCUUGCCCCCUUUAGAUGCUUCUACCAGGGAAGACGUAUCGCGAAAGUCUGUGGAAAUUUACAGGGAAUCGUUAGAUACGCCCUCGAUUUCUCUAGCUCUUCCGUCGCCCCGUGUUGAGAGCACAGGUGGUACUGCAACCGGCCGGACAACGCCAGCGUUAGAGGAUGAUCCAAACGAAAUUGAGAAGGUUAGGCAACGUAAGAUGGCACUUGCUCAUGCAGUUCAGCAGUUCAAUUUCAAACCUAAGCGGGGAAUUAAGCUCCUUCUCAAGGAUGGUUUUAUUCGAUCUGAUUCUCCAAAAGAUAUUGCCAGUUUCUUACUCCGCAACGAUCGUUUAGACAAGGCCAUGAUUGGUGAAUACCUUGGAGAAGGAGACGCGGAGAAUGUCGCAAUCAUGCAUGCGUUCGUCGACUCUAUGGACUUUGCCAAGCGUCGUUUUGUAGACGCUCUGAGGCAAUUCUUGCAAAGUUUCCGAUUGCCUGGCGAGGCUCAAAAAAUUGAUCGUUUCAUGCUCAAGUUUGCUGAGCGAUAUCUAUCUGGAAAUCCAAACAGUUUCGCAAACGCAGAUACAGCAUAUGUGCUAGCGUACUCUGUGAUCUUGCUCAACACCGACCAACAUAGCAGCAAAAUGAAAGGCCCACGAAUGACAAAGGAAGAUUUCAUUAAGAAUAACAGAGGUAUCAAUGAUAAUCAAGAUCUUCCGGAUGACUAUCUCAACUCGAUAUUUGAUGAAAUCUCCAAGAAUGAGAUCGUCCUUGACUCUGAAAGGGAAAAUGCUGCUAAUCAAAGCAUUCCUACAUCUGCACCUGCUGGAUUUGCUUCUAGAGCCGGCCAGGUCUUUGCCACAGUUGGCAGAGAUAUUCAAGGAGAAAAAUAUGCUCAGGCCUCGGAAGAAAUGGCUAAUAAGACUGAACAGCUCUACAGAAGUCUCAUUAGGGCGCAACGUAAGACUGCCCUACGAGACGAGUUAUCGCGAUUCAUUCCCGCCAGCUCAGUGCGCCAUGUUGGCCCCAUGUUCAAUGUGACUUGGAUGUCCUUUCUUUCCGGCUUGUCUGCUCCCCUUCAAGAGACACAAAGCAUCGAAAAGGUCAGGCUAUGUAUGGAGGGUAUCAAGUUAGCGAUCCGUAUUUCUUGUUCUUUCGACUUGGAAACUCCACGAGUUGCAUUCGUGACAGGGUUGGCCAAGUUCACAAAUCUUGGCAAUCUGCGAGAAAUGACGGGAAAGAACGUUGAGGCGCUAAAAAUAUUGCUGGAAGUCGCAGUUUCUGAAGGCAAUCAUCUAAAGGAGUCGUGGCGUGAAAUUCUGACAUGCGUCAGCCAGCUGGAUCGAUUCCAGCUAUUGAGUGAUGGUGUUGAUGAAGGGGCUUUGCCAGAUGUCUCGAGAGCCCGUAUCGUGCCUUCAGCCUCAGGCGAUGGAACCAAAAAGUCCAUGCAGGCUACAAGAAGACCACGCCAACGAUCUAAUACUAGCUCUUUGUCGUUCAGACCCGAAGUCGCCGUUGAAAGUCGCUCGGCAGAAAUCGUACAUGCCGUUGACCGUAUUUUCAGUAACACGGCAAACCUUUCCCAUGAGGCUAUUGUAGACUUUGUUCGAGCACUGAGUGAAGUCAGCCUGCAAGAAAUUCAAUCCUCCGGGCAGAGUGAAUCGCCGCGUACUUAUAGUCUUCAGAAAGUAGUAGAAAUUAGCUACUACAACAUGACACGAGUCAGGAUUGAGUGGUCGAAGAUUUGGGAAAUCCUUGGACAACACUUUAACGAGGUUGGAUGCCAGUCCAACACCCACGUGGUCUACUUUGCGCUGGAUUCCCUUCGCCAACUUUCCAUGCGAUUCAUGGAAUUCGAAGAACUUCCGGGUUUCAAAUUCCAAAAGGAUUUCUUGAAACCUUUCGAGCACAUUAUGGCCAACAGUAACACCGUGACAGUGAAGGAUAUGGUAUUGCGAUGUCUUAUUCAAAUGAUACAAGCACGCGGUGAUAAUAUACGAUCCGGAUGGAAGACAAUGUUUGGCGUCUUUACAGUUGCCGCCAGAGAGCCUUAUGAGGGUAUUGUCAGCAUGGCAUUUGAACAUGUCACGCAGAUCUACAACACACGAUUCGGAGUUGUUAUCAGUCAAGGAGCCUUCGCAGAUUUGAUUGUCUGUCUCACAGAAUUUUCCAAGAACUCGAAAUUCCAGAAGAAAUCAUUACAGGCUAUUGAGACCUUGAAAUCAUCCACCUCAAAGAUGCUAAAGACCCCCGAAUGUCCACUUUCUCACAAACACAUCUCUAACAAGAAGCCCACGGAAGACAUUGGUUCUAACCUAGCGCAUCAAUUAAAUCGCCAAACUCAGGAGGAGCAGUUCUGGUAUCCAGUCUUGAUUGCUUUCCAAGAUGUUUUGAUGACCGGUGACGAUCUUGAGGUUCGCUCUAGGGCGCUUAACUAUCUAUUUGACAUACUGCUCCGAUAUGGCGGCGACUUCCCAACUGAUUUCUGGGAUGUGCUCUGGAGACAAUUGUUGUACCCCAUCUUUGUCGUUCUCCAGUCCAAAUCUGAGAUGUCAAAAGUUCCCAACCACGAGGAACUUUCUGUCUGGUUAUCGACAACCAUGAUUCAAGCGUUGCGAAACAUGAUCACUCUAUUUACACAUUAUUUCGAUGCAUUGCAGCACAUGCUCGACCGCUUCUUAGGGCUAUUGACUCUUUGUAUAUGCCAGGAAAAUGACACCAUUGCGCGGAUUGGAAGUAAUUGCUUACAGCAAUUAAUUCUUCAGAAUGUGACCAAGUUCUCAGAUGACCAUUGGAGCCGAGUCACCCCAAUAUCGGAGACACUCAAACUCAAUGGUGAUGCUACAAACAAUGAUGCCGCAUCAGCACUGUCUAUUGAGGCCGUCACAGAGAACGACAAAUCGUCUACUACAAAUGGGUCAGCCGAGAAUGGAGAUGCUGGAGAAACCACUGCCCAAUCCGAAGCAUUACAGACUGUCACGCCCACUGCAGAACUCGAAGACUACCGUCCACAAACUGCGGAUGUGCAGCAACAGCCGGCAGCUGUGACCGUAGCCAGGCGCCGGUUCUUCAACCGCAUCAUUACCAACUGCGUUCUCCAGUUGUUGAUGAUUGAAACGGUUCAUGAGCUCUUCUCUAACGACAAUGUCUAUGCUGAAAUACCUAGUCCUGAGCUUCUACGCUUGAUGAGCCUAUUGAAGAAGAGCUAUCAAUUUGCAAAAAAAUUCAAUGAAGAUAAGGACCUUCGAAUGCAGCUUUGGCGUCAAGGAUUCAUGAAGCAGCCUCCGAAUUUGUUAAAACAGGAAAGUGGCAGUGCUGCUACCUAUAUUAACAUUCUCUUCCGCAUGUAUCAUGACGAAAGAGAAGAGAGAAGGAGCAAUAGGGCCGAGACCGAAGCUGCACUUGUUCCAUUAUGCGCAGACAUUAUACGCAGCUUCGCCCACCUCGAUGAAGAAAGUCAGCAUCGAAACAUCGUCGCCUGGAGACCUGUCGUGGUUGAUGUGAUGGAAGGAUACACAAAUUUCCCACCUGACAGCUUCUCCCAACACAUUGCUACAUUUUACCCAUUGGCUAUAGAUUUACUAGGUCGCGAGCUGAACUCGGAAGUACGACUUGCACUCCAAUCCCUGCUUCGACGAGUUGGGGAGGUAAAGCUCGGUUUGACAAUACCUCAAACCCCUAUUGAAGCGCCAUCAAAUAGCGCGUUCAAGCAUAACAAGAAAUAG